GAUAGAGCACCUACUUUAAGGGAGGAUAAUUAAAGGGAGGGAUGUAGUCCACCAAAGUUGAGCUUUGUGGGACUCUCUGCCAUGCUUGUCCACACCAGAUGAGCCAUAAACAAUUCAGUUUAUGGUGCUGCAGGAGCAAAUGAGUCAUUAACAAAUUAAUGCAGUAAGCAAGUUUAGUCAUGUCCACAUAUAUAGCAAAAGGAAGGGUUGAGGACAGUUAACGAACUGGCGCCAGUAUUCUUUGCAAAAGACUUCCCACUUUUCACUUAAAAUAACAGUACAUCACACUUAAGUCUGCCACUGAAGCACUUCCUUUUACCUUACCUUACUAUCCUCUAGUUUCUCUACCACAGUCACAUCCUCAUCUGCUCCUCAGGAAUCAAUGGAGAACCCAUUGCCUACCUCCAGAGCUGAGGCCUUCCCCGCCGGCCUACGGGUGCUCAUCGUCGACGAUGAUCCCACCUGGUUGAAGAUCCUUGAGAAGAUGCUCAAGAAGUGCUCCUAUGAAGUAACUACAUGCAGUUUAGCAACAGAAGCUCUAGACAUGCUCCGUGGAAAGAGAGAUCGAUUUGAUAUUGUAAUCAGCGAUGUGAACAUGCCGGACAUGGAUGGUUUCAAGCUUCUUGAGCAAGUUGGGCUUGAAAUGGAUCUACCUGUAAUAAUGAUGUCUAUAGAUGGGGAGACAAGUAGAGUAAUGAAAGGUGUUCAACAUGGUGCUUGCGAUUACCUUCUUAAACCUGUGAGAAUGAAGGAGCUAAGAAACAUAUGGCAACAUGUUUACAGAAAGAGAAUGCAUGAGUUGAAAGAUAUAGAAACUCAUAACAUCCAUGAGGAUACCAACAUUCUAAGAAAUGGAUCUGAAGAUCCUGAUGACAGACAAUAUGUAGCCGGAACUGAAAUGAGCUCUGUGCGGAAACGGAAGGAUUUAGAGAGUAAGGAAUUCGUUGACCAUGAAUUCAAUGAUCCCUCUACAGUAAAGAAAGCAAGAGUAGUUUGGUCUGUUGAUCUUCAUCAGAAAUUUGUAAAUGCUGUGAAUCAAAUUGGAUUUGACAAAGUUGGUCCCAAGAAAAUACUCGAUUUGAUGAAUGUACCUGGCCUCACAAGAGAAAAUGUCGCAAGCCAUCUGCAGAAAUAUCGACUUUAUUUGAUUAGACUACAAAGGCAGAAUGAAGGGCGUGCGUGUAGUGGAAAUCUGUCAUCUGACUUUAUGAAUGGCGAAAAUAGAGGAAACAAUGGGUUCAAUUCCUCAACAAACAUUCAGUCAGAGAGUGAGCUAACCACAUACACAAGCACGACUGAGAAUUUUCAAACUCAAGGGAUUGUUCCCAGUGUUCAUAUUAGUGAACCAAAGAAAAUAGAGCCAGUUCAAAUAAUAGGAAGUAAGAAAGUACCAUCAAAUGAUGUUUUAUGUGCUUCGAAGGUCAACAAUGCCCCACACUUGAGUGUAUUGCUUUCUUUCAAUGACAAGAUGACUAAUAUUAAGGCAUGUGAGCCUGCAACACCAAAGCACAAGCCUUUGCUUAGUGGAACUCCAAUGAUGCAAUUCAUGCAAUACCCAAAACAAGAAAGUUGUAACAUAUUAUCAGAGUACUCAUGCUUGACUUAUGUUGAUCAAAACCUUGAUCCUUCUUUUCAUCAGUAUUCAUCCACUCUACCAGCAUUCAUCUCAGCUACUUGUACCAGUGAGAAGGACGUGAAAGAUCUAUUUGAAAUGAAACCUGUCCUAACAGAUUACAGAAAUGGGCACUUCACUGCUAUACCUGUUCAAGUAAAGCGUGGAGCAGUAAAUGCCCAAGACAUUGGAGCAGGUUGUAAAGUAGCAGGAUCACCAAGCAUACAAGAUUGUUACCUUAAUGACAAAUACAGCCAAGGAUAUUUUCCUCUCACAUAUGAAUUCAGUCUUAAUGGCGAGACAGAAGCAGACUCUUUGCCUGAGGAUGUGCAUCUAUGUUCACUUCAGAAGAUUGGUAGCAUUGAGAAUUUGGGUUUCAGCAGUGCGGAGAUUUACCAAUAUGGUGACUCAACACCUACUACUGAUGUUGAAAGUAAUUGGUAUGAUAGUUCGGAAUUGAACGGUGAGUAUUCAUAUGAUCCAGUGGAGUACCCUCUAAUUGACGAAUACCUUUUUGCGUAGCAAUCCUUUAAAAUUUUACUUCAGAAGAAGUAAAUGACUCUUAUAUUCAUAUUUACUGCAUGUGCUAGUGUACUAGCAAUAUGGCAUCAACAUGAUGGACUGGACAUUACUUUCCAUCCAGUUAUUUUGAGCAAGGAUGUACUCUAGACAGAAUUCUAAUAACGUAUAAUUGAAAAACAUGUAAAGGAAGUUACCAAAAGGCUGCUUUGCAGUGGCUAUAUAAUCUUCACUUGCUGCUCCCAAGCAUCUAAUCGACUUUGUCAGAAUUCAGAACAGAGUUUAAGAUGUUACUUUUACUUGCAUAGAAACCCCAAUACCUGUCAGAAUAAGUUCAUUCAUGUAUGCAAAUGCUUUCUAAAUAUUUGAGCAAUUGGUUGUCUUGCACUGAUAA